CCAGACGCUCUGUGUGUUUAGUUUGACGCGUCAGACAAGGAUUUUCCACAAGACAGCUGUCAAACGAUAUCAUUUUCGAUGACUUAAAUUGACACUCUUUGAAAAUGGAGGCGCUAUACCAUCAGACCAACAGACUUAUUCAAGAAGUUCAGCACAACUUGGGCAAUUACGAAAGAGCUACAGGAAACCAUAUUCAACAUGUGGAGCAUGAGAUUCAAGCCCAGAUUGACAUCCUUGUGAGUAACUGUGAGCGAAUGGACAUUCUGGUCAACAAAGAGCCCCCUGGGCGUCGUAGCGCGGCUAAACUUAAGGCUGAUCAACUUAGGUAUGACUGCCAACACCUGCAGGCUGCCCUGAGACAGUUACAACAUAGACGGUAUCAAAAAGAGCAGGAAGAUAAGGACCGGGAAGCCUUGCUGACUCGAAGGUUUGAAAGGAACGACGCUGACACGACCAUAGCUAUAGAUGCGGCACUUCAGCACAACACCAAACUGAACGACGUCAACAGAGAAAUGGACAAUUUGUUGGGACACGGAAGUGGAAUUUUAUCCAACCUUAAGGAGCAAAGGAUGACUCUGAAAAACGCACAUAAAAGGAUGCUGGAUCUUGCAAACACUUUGGGUCUUUCUAAUACUGUGAUGAGACUAAUUGAACGGAGAACAACUCAGGAUAAGUUUAUUUUGUACACUGGAAUGUUCGUUACUUGUGCUAUUAUGUUCCUGGUUUGGAAGUAUCUUACAUGACAAACUUUUAAAAUGUUAUAAAGUGGUGCAAUAGGGAAUUUUUUCAGUUGUGGACACCUUCCUGUUAAUCUUAAAAAUUAUAUCUUGAUUUAUUUUUUUACAAAAUGAGGAGUUUCUAUUCCAGAUACCUCGUUUGAAAUAUAUUGUUCUUGUCCAAGUCCACCAACAAAUUAUUGAACACAUUUUAAAGCACAUCAGUUUUCAGUAAAUGAUGAUCUUCUGGAGUGGGGUAUAUGUAAUAAUUUUUUUAACCAAUUAAUUCCAUGCUUGAAGUUCCUGGCAUUUCACAUUUAGGUAAAAAGAAUAGUUGUUAUUCAUUAUGUAUCAUAGAAAUUACGGUACCUUAAAAUUAUUUGACUGACUACUAAUUUAAAGUACUCUUUUUUGUUUGUGGUAUUGUGGGUAUAUGUGCCCAACCAUAAGAGGACGUGUCACAUGUAACACCUGUCUCCUGAUAUCAAGCGCAAGGUCACACUUAGAGGUGAAAUUUUAAGUUUAGGCAUUAGCUGCUUUUCCAGACUAAAACAAUGACAUUCAGUGUGCAGUUUUAAAAAAUGGUGCCAAAAAUGACCAGCAUUAAGAGACAAAGUGUUGUAUGUAAGACAGGUCUUCUUCUUUAAAGAUCAAGCUCUCACUUAGAGGCAAAUUGUCUAAUUUUGCCAUGAAACAGCUUGUUCUAACAGAAACACUAUCAUUUAUCAUGCAAUGUUAAAACAACUGACCAUAAGUGUCGUCCAUAACAAGAUAACGUGUAACACCCAUCUCCAUACCUUACAAAUACAAUAUCUUACCUAAACUGUGACUUACAGGUCAAAUGUACAAUUUUGAUGAACUUAAGUUUGUAUGGAUAAUUAUUUUACAAAAAAAGUUCACCAUGAGGAGAAGGCGUGAAAGCCCAUUGGGUAAAGAUUAAGUUCACCUUUAAUGUCAGGGGUUAAGCGUGAAUAAUUACUAGCAUUACUUACAAUCGG